GUUUUAAAGUAUAUCUGCAGGUUUCAGUCAAUAAGCAAACAGCGCUUGAUCUCUUUCUUAAAUAUUCAUUUUAUAUAUAAUAACUAGUCGCUUCUGCAUCCGGUUGAUUUCAAGAUGGCGGCGCCCAUGAAACAAAUUCGAAGAGUAUUUUCGUUUGUUCACAGAAGAAAUUCUACAUUGCUACAAUGUCGUUAUUCAAGCAGCAAGGAACACUCCAAGUUCUUCCCUGCACAAACAACAACUAUGCUCCCUGAUAAAUCAUUUGAAGGAAAGACGGCAUUUAUUACUGGUGGGGGAACUGGACUAGGUCGAGGUAUGGCAACAACUCUAUCCAAGCUGGGUGCACAAGUUGUCAUUACAAGCAGGAAACUUGAUGUACUUAAAGGUACAGCUGAAGAAAUCCAAAAAGAAACUGGAAAUAAGGUGUUAGCAGUUGCAGCAGACGUUCGUGAUCCUGCUGGUAUAAAGACGGCUGUAGAUGAAUGUGUAGAUGUAUUUGGUUUACCUAACAUCAUUAUCAACAAUGCUGCCGGCAACUUUAUCUCGCCUUCAGAACGACUCUCACCAAAUGCUUGGAAAACUGUGGUGGAUAUUGUUCUUAAUGGAACAGCAUAUGUGUCAUUAGACAUUGGAAAAAGACUUAUAGAGGCUAAUCAAGGUGCAGUGUUUCUAGCAAUUACUACAAUAUAUGCAACAAGUGGUUCAGGUUUUGUGACACCAAGUGCUGCAGCAAAAGCAGGAGUUGAAGCCUUGGCUAAAUCACUGGCAAGUGAAUGGGGAAGAUAUGGUAUUAGAUACAACUGUUUACAGCCUGGACCAAUCAAAACAAAGGGAGCAUUUAGUAGAUUAGAUCCUACUGGUGAGUGGAGUAAUAAAAUGAUUGAUGUACUACCAACUGGUAGGUUUGGUGAGGUGCAGGAAUUGGCCAACUUGGUUUCAUACAUGGUUAGUGACUACAGCUCCUGGAUGACAGGGGAGGUGGUAAAAUUGGAUGGUGGAGAACUAUACAGUCGUGCUGGCUCAUUUAAUGAACUACGAGCAGUUAGCAAUGAACAGUGGGACAUGUUAGCACAGAUGAUCAAAGCUACUAAAGGCUCAUAAAUAACUUAACAUAACAUUUGUGGAUAAAUUUAUUACUAGGCUAGUUGUGAUACUGCUUUAAAAGUAUAUAUAUAUGACAAAUUUUAAACCUAUAAUGAACCUUUUUCUUUUGCCUGAUUUUAUUAAUGAGCCUGACAUUAAAUAUUUAUCUAUUUAUAUUUAUUGUUAGGGGUAUACAAUUAUCUGUCAAGAACUUCUAGCUGAGUGCAAAAGGGUUAGAUAAGUUUUAAUUAUUAGGUGUUCUCUCUUUACUAGUCUUAUUUCACCAUAAUCACCUGUAUUUUAUAAUAAUUUAUGUACAAGAAUUCAUAACUGGGGCCAUUAUGCUAGAAUUUGUAUUGUUAGCUCACCUGGGUAAAAGGUAUUCAGAUAUUUGUGAUAAUAGUCUGAUUGUGAUAUCUGUCACAUGGUGUGUAUCUUCAUUCAACAGCAUCUCCUCCCAGACAAAACAAGAAUAAAUCUAUUAAAGGUGGCUCACAUCAAAUAUUAACUGUGAUGUUCUGAUGCAUAAUUAUAUGUCAUGCCAGCUUUAGAUAGACUGUAACAUUGAGAAAUUCUUGUCAAAAACUGUACUGCCAGUGUCUUAGAUGAUUGAUAUGUAGCGUUAGCUUCUAUAAGUUAAUAAGGGAAUGCUCAGCUGAAUAAUUUAAUUAGGGCCUUCAUAGCAAUCUUGCUUCAUUAUGUUGGGAACAAGAAUCAUGGUAUUAUUUACUUUUAAUUUCAACCAAUCAUAUUCCCAUCAUUAUUUCAAGACUAUACUCUCAGGUUUUACUUGCUAUUUUGUGUAAAUGCAAACAAUAUUCAAAGUCCUGAAAUACUAUGCCAAUGCUGGUGGCAUCACUAUACUCUCUAUUUAUAUUGCUUUCAGUUCAUGUUGAUUUAGAAUUACAAUAAAUUACUAUUUUUCUAAA